UUGCACUCCAUAUCCUAUUUCCCUUCAAUUUUUUCCCCCAUCACUACCAUUUUCCCCCAAUUCAAUGGUAUCCCACUCUUUUGAGUAUAUUGAGCUAAUUUGCUCUAUCGUAAACUACAACAAAAGAGUUAUAGGAACUGAUAUCCCAAGAUAUUAAAAUAGUCAGCUACUUACAAACACUUUGGUCGACCAAGUUGUCUACAUUACGUUUUAUAUUUAAGUCUUUUUUAACUUAAUUAAAGUCUUUUUUUUUAAAUUAAAUUUUAAGUCAUUUUCUUGUUCCAUAAAUAAACUUAUUUUGAUAGAUGUGGCAGUCCAACGUAUUCCACUUUCUUUCUAUCCUUUUAAUAAUAAUAGCAUAUAAAAGACAUGACAAGAAAUGUAUGUAUAUAUAUCACAUAAGCAUAGUUAAUAUACUUUUUGAUAUGUAUAUAAUAUACUUUUGCCCACCUCAAAGAUGGGCUAGUCGUCGAACCCUUCAAGUAGAGUCGUUGUCAUGGAAAAGGAUAUUACUCUGCCCAUUCUAGCAGGAGAUUGCGUCUCUGGCGAUAGGAAGCGAGUAAGAAUGGCUGAUCCAGAAACUACCGUUGGCGGAGAGGGCAGACCUGUUAAAUUACCCAAAACCAAAGACAACGAUGUAGUAGGGUCGACAUCGGAGGCAACACAGGUCCCUGUCGUAUCAAUAAUGGCUGACAUGGCGACUAACGAUCUUGACGGAAAAACAAACGCCGGCCACGGGGUAGUCUCAGUCAUGGGACGGCAGAGAGCUAUGACGACCGCCGUUUCCACUGUCGUCGACGAGAUCCCUUCUUAUGAUAUUUUUGGAAUUUUCGAUGGUCCUAGGCUUGCUAAAUUAUUAGAGGAGAGGCUGUGUCGGCUCGUGAAGGAGGAGGUAACGGCAUGCCACGGCCGUGGAGUUGCGGCAGACUGGAGUAAAGUGACGAGAUCAUGUUUUACGGAAGCGGUGGGGACUGUGAGGUCUACUGAAGCGAAAGCGGUGGUUACUAUUGUCGGAAAAGAGGAGGUAAUUUUGCUUUGCCGUGGCGGCGCAAGGGCGGUUCUUUACUCUCAAGGCGGAAUCGCUUUGCCUCUUUGCGACAUCCAUCGUCACCAGAGUGAUGUAGAUCAAAAGCUGAAGAUCCAUAAGCGAACAAUGAUUGAUGAUUUCAUAGUUCUUGCAUGCGAAGGCCUAUGGGAUGUUGUCUCCGACGACGACACAUAUCGACUUGUCAAAAGUUGUCUUUACGGGGAAUUACCAGACGGAUGUCAAAGUGAAUCAAGUUCUACAAAGGCUGCGGUAAUCUUAGCAGAGCUUGCAAUAGCUAGAGGAAGCAAAGAGAAUAUAAAUGUCAUCGUUAUUGAUUUGAGGAGUUCUACUGUAUCUUAGCCUUCAUUUUUAGUUAUGAUGGUUCUCAACUAUUAAUAGUUUUUAUUUUCCUUUUCUUCAUUAGCAUUUUCCCAUCUUACGUCUUGGUUUUAGAUACUUUUUUGGGUGUCAUUGAGUUGUGUUUUGUUCGAUUAGCUUUAUUUUCUUUAAGUUUCACUUUUAUUUUUCUUUAAAUAAAUAAUUUGCUUAAGAGUUUAUUUUCCUCACAUAAUGUAUGUAAUAUUUUAUUUUAUUUUGUAACGGACACAUAAUGUAUGUAAUACAGAGUAAAAAAGUAAUGAAUACAUCAUUAUUAUAAGAAUUCAAAUAUUUGAUGGGGAAAAUAUGAUGUUAGUUGAAAUAUUGUAGUGGCCCGCAUGCCGACCGAUCCGCUCCUACUGACUCGGACAACUUUAACAGACUUUCAAGAAUUUAGAGUUAGGCCUGGCUGUGACCAUGUAGCACCAGUUUUGUCUCCGACAAAUUUUUGUUUUUGUCUUAUUAUAACUUCCUAUAGUGAUCGAAUCAACAUAUAUCAUAUAAGGUUUAGGAUUAGAACGUAGUCCAACCACAAUUGAUUUAAGCCGUCCGACUAGUCUUAUGAGGGAGCCAGCCCCAACAAAAAAGAAUCUUGGUCAAUUGAAUUUUCAACUUGACCCUCACACUAGACUGAAGGAACCUGAUUCUACGUGCUUUGCAAAGAUCAUAGUGAAUCGGCAACAUAGACAGCUUCAACUCGUGCAUAUGGUUCCAAGCUGAAAGUAAAGCCUACAAACCAUGACAAGACUUCGAUCCCCAAUAUAACAUGAGACUUGGAAAGGACCAAUCAUAAAACUAAAGUCUAAAGAAAAACAUAUAAAAUUUGGACCAAUUGGUUCAAUCGGAUUGGUCCAUCGCAUCAUCCUACCUAUAAUGUAUAAAUGCUGAUUUAAAGGAGCAUAAAUAAAAGGGAUAAACUAAAAAGGAGAAAAACACUUUCUUCCAUUACAAGAAACAUAGUAGCCCUAGUUUCCUAGUCUCAAAUCUCACUGUGUACAAACUAGAGAAUUAGUCUUUUCUCAUCCUCUCAAAGAUCUAAACAAUCUCGGUAUAACUAAACCGAAUAUUUUUAAAAUUAGGUGAACAAGUUUACAAGCUAGUAAACCGGGAUUCUCACUCGCACUUUUUAUACUCACUCCAAAGAAUAGUUA